UCACAUUGUCUCCGAGCAGAGCGUUUCAGAGAGAGAAAGAGUGUGAUCGGAACCUUCGUAAAUCAAUCCACCCAGCCCAGCCCACAUCAAUUUUCAAUUGUUGACCUAAUCGGAAUUGGGGGAAAAUUCGAUUCAUACACUAUGAUGUCUGACACAUAUUGUCCGGACUGCAAGAAGAACACGGAGGUGGUCUGCGAUCACGCUGCGGGAGACACCGUCUGCUCGGAGUGCGGCCUCGUGCUGGAAGCCCGCUCCAUCGACGAGACGUCUGAGUGGCGGACUUUCGCCGAUGAUUCCGGCGACCACGAUCCGAAUCGUGUCGGAGGACCCGUGAACCCGCUUCUAGGAGAUGCGGCGCUCUCCACGGUCAUCUCGCGGGCGACUAAUGGGGCGAAUGUGGAUAUGUCUCUCACCCGCCUGCAGAAUCGGGGCGGGGAUCCGGACCGGGCUCUGGUCUUGGCGUUUAAGACGAUUUCUAGCAUGGCCGAUAGGUUAAGUCUUGUAACAACCAUUAAGGAUCGUGCAAGUGAAAUAUAUAAAAGGUUGGAAGAUCAGAAGUGUACAAGGGGUAGAAACUUGGAGGCCCUAGUGGCUGGCUGCAUUUAUAUUGCUUGUAGGCAGGAAAGCAAGCCACGCACUGUAAAAGAAAUAUGCUCAAUUGUUGCUGGAGCGACAAAGAAAGAAAUUGGCCGGGCAAAAGAAUUUAUUGUGAAACAGUUGAAGGUUGAGAUGGGCACAUCAAUGGAGAUGGGCACGAUUCAUGCAGGGGAUUAUCUGAGGCGUUUUUGUUCUAAUCUAGGCAUGAGUAAUGAGGAGGUAAAAGCAGUACAGGAAACUGUGCAGAAGGCAGGGAACUUUGAUAUUAGGAGGAGUCCAAUAUCUAUUGCUGCAGCCAUAAUUUUUAUGAUAACUCAGCUAUCUGAAUCCAAGAAACCCCUAAGAGAUAUCUCUCUUGCGACUACCGUGGCAGAAGGUACGAUCAAGAAUGCGUACAAGGAUCUCUAUCCCCAUGCCACCAAGAUCAUACCUGAAUGGUAUUCAAAGGAAAGGGACCUGAAGAAUCUUUCGAGCCCUAAGUCGUAAAUGACAGACGCUUUGAUCCGCGAAAACAGGGAAAAAGCGUAAAAGGGGAAACAGGUUAUACGGAUUUUUCUUUCUUUUCCUGCUGUGACAGUCGCAAACUUCCCAUUUAUGAGGUUGCUUGGCUGUGUUGAUAGUUGAUGCAGCGUUGAUGCGGUGUUGA